AUGAAAUACUGUCAAAAAUAAGAUAGUGAACGAGAAGUACGAGAACGAAAGAAAGAAAAAGCAGAAGAAAACAAAAGUUGCUGGAUAUACAUUGCACGUGUUAGCUCACUGAAUAAUAACAUUGAUAUCACUCGGUGUUAAAAAUGCACUUAUAAAUUAGGUUAUUACUUUAGUUGUAUAAUUUGAGUUAACAUGAUGUGAUAAACAAACUGCGGAGGUAAUGCGUAUUAAUGUGUAACAUUUCGUGUGUUUUUGUACAAGACUUUUAAUUCAUGUACAAACGCUAAAAAUGGAUUCAAAAUACUCUUCAAUGGGUAUAGAAAAUGGAGCAAAAACAAAUGGAGUCAAAAGAAAAAAUGGAGUUGAACACAUAAAAGUGAAGAAGAUAAAGUUAGCAAAUGAAGGAACUGUAGGUCAUAAUAUUAAAGUUGAAACAAAUGGACAUAACAAUAACAAUGUGCAUGAAAAUAAGAUUGUAAAUGAAAAACCACAAGACUUGCAAGAAGCACGGAGACAACUGCCUGUGUAUAUGGUUAGAAAUAGGUUGCUUGAAGAGAUAAAGAAACAUGACACAAUGAUAUUGAUUGGUGAGACAGGCAGUGGUAAAACAACACAGAUCCCGCAGUUGAUACAUGAGCAGCGCCUUGAAGGAGCCGGGGCUAUAGCAGUGACCCAGCCUCGUAGGGUGGCUGCAAUCACUAUAGCUCUUAGAGUUGCAGCAGAAAUGAAUACUGAGAUAGGAUCCAUUGUUGGGUAUUCAGUAAGAUUUGAAGAUGUGACUAGUCCAAGAACUAAAGUGAAGUAUAUGACAGAUGGUAUGUUGCUUAGAGAAGCGAUAUUGGACCCCUUGUUGAAGAAGUACUCCAUAGUUGUUCUGGAUGAAGCCCACGAGCGCACAGUGAGCACUGAUGUGUUAUUUGGUAUUGUAAAACUAGCACAAAAGGAGAGAAGCGAAAAGAAAUUAAAUCCCCUAAAGGUAAUUGUAAUGUCUGCAACAAUGGAUGUUGAUUCUUUUAAGAAGUACUUCAACAACUGUCCAGUAAUAUAUUUAGAAGGUAGAACAUACCCAGUCACCAUUUAUCACUCAAAAAUGAAGCAAGAAGACUAUCAGUAUGCUGCUGUUUGUACCAUAUUCCAACUUCAUGCCACUGCACCUGCAAACCACGAUUUUCUUGUCUUUCUAACGGGACAAGAAGAAAUUGAAACAGUAAUGUACAAUAUCAAGCAAAUAGCUAAGGAAGCGACAGGUCCACCUAUCAGGGUAUGCCCACUGUACGCGGGGCUCCCGCCGGCCAAACAGCUGCAGGUGUGGCGGGACGCGCCGCCCGGGACCAGGAAGAUCAUACUGGCUACCAACAUAGCGGAGGCAUCGGUUACCAUACCACGCAUCCAGUGCGUUAUCGACACUGGAGUUGUGAAAGAAAGAACAUGGUCGGGGAGUACUGGCGCGGAGCGGUUGUCGGUGCGCGCGACGUCGCAGGCGGCGUGCUGGCAGCGCGCCGGCCGCGCCGGCCGGACACAGGCCGGCGCUGCAUACAGACUCUAUACUGCCGCUGACUUCAGAGCUAGACCCAUGCAUCAGACACCGGAGAUACUAAGGUGUCCUCUGGCAUCAACUAUGUUGCUUUUAAUAGCGGCGGGAGUUGAACCCAGCACGUUUCCAUUGAUAGACACGCCACCGCCGGAUUCUGUUAAAGCUUCACUAAGCUUACUGAAAGAAUUAGGUGCUAUCGACAGUGAGGUGAAUCCUAAAUUGACAGUCCUUGGUAAAAAGAUGUCGACUUUCCCAAUUGAACCUAAAUAUUCCAAAGUUUUACUAUGUGCGCCAGAGUACAACUGUUUGGAUGAGGCUCUCAGCUUAAUAGCAGUGUUAUCAAGUGAAAAUGUGUUUCAUACACCUAUGCACAAGAGGGAGGAAGCUAUAAAAGUGAAACAAAAGUUCUUGUCGCCACUGGGAGACCACAUCACUUUGUUGAAUGUGUUCAAAGCAUUUAGUAAAGCUCCUUUGAAAAAGCAAUGGUGUAAAGAAAAUUAUUUGAAUCACAAGAACUUAACGUAUGCCUGCGAGGUUCGACAACAGUUGCUUGCGAUCUGCUUGAAAUUAAAUAUGACUGUCACCAGCUGUGGACAGGCUUAUGACCAGGUACUUAAAUGUUUGCUAUGCGGUUUGUUUACGAACUGCGCGUGGCAGCGCGGCGGCGCGGGCGGGGCGCGCGCGGCGGGGCGCUACGUGACGGCGGCGGGCGCGGCGGCGGCGCUGCACCCCGCGUCGGCGCUGCAGGCGCUGCGCCCGCCGCCGCCCGCGCUGCUCUACACCGAGCUGCUGGUGACGGGCCGCAGCUACAUGCUCACGGUGUCGGCCAUACAGCCGCAGUGGCUGCAACAAGUCGCGCCCGAGUACGCGCGCCGCUGCCGCGCCAACCGGUGACGACGACUUCGCAUUAACAUUACGCUAAUACUUUGCUCUUUAAUUUGCUGCAAUGUGAUCCUUACGUCGAACUCUAUCGCUUUCACCACACAGAGCUGUCUAUCGUUGUCAGCAAUAAAUAAUACUAUGUGAUAAAAAUGGUGUAUUCUUGAUUGAUUGAACUAUCCAUAAUUUUAUAUCGUUGGGACUAGAGUGAGGAGUUUAGUAAGACCCGUAAGUCUAGCAUUGGUUUUUGAAUAAAUUGUUUUUAUCUAAGCAUAACUUUAUCGUUUCGUUAAAUGGUACAACAAUGCAUUUUUAUUGAUCACAUGUUAUUGUUCAGAAAGUUACAUUUAGCAAUACUUUAUGUGUGUGAUAUAAGAAUAAGUAUAGGUUUAAUAUUAUUUGUUUUAAGAUACAAGUUGUUACGUAAUACUACACUGCUUUAACCUGCCGAUAAUUGUUUACUGCCAUUUAGUAUUGAUUUAUGUUCUGUGACUAGUUAAACAAUAGAUAACUUAACUGCCACCAUCGCUUAUACAGGACUAAUCAAAAUGUCUGAAUAUUAAACGUAAAAAACGUUAAUUAACAGGCUAUUUGUUAUGGACCAUCCCGUGACUUCUAUUUAACUACGAAGUUAGAUGCAUUUGUAAAAUUGACGAAAAGAAGCCAUAACUUGGACCUCACAUGAAGUCUGAACUUAGACACCAGGAGGCUGUAGGCCCUUAUCUAUGUAUUUUGACGCAGCGAUCAAAAAAUUAAGCCAAGGGAUACAUAGGGGACAAAUAUCUCAAGACAUGUCGAGCGAAGCCGGCCGAUGUCGCCUGAUAUAUACGGCGACAACGCGCAACUUAUGUCCACAGUGACGUUGAUGUUGCCAGACAUGUCGACCAAAGUCUGGCAACGUCGCACUACUUCUCCCAACGUCGCUGGCAACACGUGUCGCAGGACAUCUGUCCUCUAGUAUAUCCUUGGCUUAAUGCUAAAAAUAGUACAACACAAGAAACCAGGUCUACAUUUCCAAAUGAUUUAUAUAACAUAAAAUUAUGAUAUUUAUGUUAUUCAUAAAUAUGUAAACAAAAUCUAGUUGUAAUGCAUAAUUAUUAGGAUACCACCUGGUGCUAAAUACGAGGUUUAUUUUUAAGUUUAAAUCUUGAUGUUAAAUGUUAUAAAAGUGUAAAUAAUUGUAACAUACUGAAUA